AUGAUCAUAUUUCUAAGUUUGCUGUUAAUUCUAUACUUCACCUAUCUAAUAUGGCAACGCUGGAGACAGUUCCAACUUCGAGAAGAACUUGGAUUGAAAGGACCAAAAACGAAUUUUAUUUUCGGAAAUAUGCACCAUUUUAUUCAAAAAAAUAAGAAAUACGGAUAUGAUGAUGGUUAUCUAGAUUUACUCAAAUGGCAUACGGACUAUGGAAAGACCUUUGGGUUGUACCUGGGUCCAAAGCUCCAAAUUAUUUCAAACGACGAAGAAUUCGCAAAAGAAGUUUUCAUCAAACAGUUUUCGAAAUUUGGUGAUCGAUGUGUUCCUGAGGUUUUCUGGCAAAAUGAAUUACGGACAGCCUUAGUUCAAAUGGCAAAGAGCAGUGGCUGGAAGGAAGUUCGUAGCUGCAUGUCACCCCAAUUCUCUACUGGCAAGAUGCGAAUGAUGUAUGAAACGAUCGAAGACAAGAUUCAGACGUUCAUGAGAAUCAUCGAGAAAAGGGUUGAAGCUGGAUCUGCUUUCAACAUCUACGAUGAUUUCCAAGCUCUUACCAUGGACGUCAUUGGAAAAUGUGCUUUUGCUAUUGAAAGUAACUGUCAGUUGGAUAGGAAUGAGAUUUUCUAUCAGAACGCCAAACAAGUAUUCAGAGAGAUUGAUUUGAAUGAGAAUAUCAUAGUACCAGCAUCAGUUUUCUUACCGGAAUUCUCGUGGCUUUGGAAAUGGCUUUAUCCCAUGUCUGGAAUGGCCAGAGUGGAAAAAAUUCUGAUAGAUGGAUUGAGUCAAGUCUAUGAUGCGAGAAAGAAUGGACAGCACACGGAUAGUAUGGAUAUCCUACAACUUCUGCUGAACAAAGCUGACACAGCAGGAAACGGAUUAACAAAAGAACAAGUUGUUAGUAAUUGUUAUGCUUUUCUACUUGCCGGAUAUGAAACAACAAGCACAGCCUUAGGAUAUUCAGCUUAUUUAUUAGCAAAACACCCUCAAGUUCAAGAGAAGCUGUAUCAAGAAAUAAUCGCGACGAAGCAACAAAAGGGAUUGACGUUUGAAGCUAUUCAUGAUAUGCCAUAUCUGGACGCUGUUUUCAAAGAGUCUCUUCGUAUCUAUCCUCCAGUUAUUAACUUUACAAGUCGUGAAUGCCUUGAAGAUACAGUAGUCACAGGAGUUCACAUUCCCAAAGGUACAUGGGUGUUCACUCCUGUGUACUCUAUGCAUCAUGAUGAAAACAAGUAUUCGAAUGCUGAGGAAUUUUAUCCUGAAAGAUUUUUGGAAGAGGAUUCCAAAGACUUUGCUCUCAAAUGGAUGCCAUUCGGAUUGGGUCCGAGGAAUUGUGUUGGAAUGCGUUUCGCAGAAAUGGAGUUCAAAAUGGUAUUAGUUAAGCUUGUGCAACUGUAUAAGCUGAAAACUUGUAAAGGACAAGAAGAUCUCAUUCGUAUAGUUAUGGGAAUCAUAAUGCAACCAAAAGACGGAAAAAUUAUUUUGGAGCUCUCCAAACGAUAA